CGCUAUCCCGCGCGCGUCCACCACUCGCAACACAAUAAUUUAAAGUCAGCCCUGCGGCGUUGUGAAAUCUUAGUAACUCACUAUGUAUAAUAACAUUAUGCUGGAUGUUGCCAGAGUGGCGAUGCCGUUAAUGGGAUUAUCGGGACUUUGGCCGCUGUUCGUCCAUUGCCAGUUAUUCGGGGCGCCCAGCAUCCCCUUUCCCAAUUAUGCCGGCCAGAAUCCGCUCAGCGGCUUGUUCUCUCUGCUGGGUUUCGGCAGUUAUCCGCCGCUGAAUCCCGGCUCCUAUCCGCCGCCGUUUCCCCCGUCGUAUCGCAGUGAUCCGCCCUUUUACCAGCCUCCACCGCCGCCCCCACCCGGCCCCCCGGCGGAAUACUCGCCACGCUACUUCCCACCCCCGCCGGCGCCCUAUUCCUACUCCUCCAAUAAUGUCGUGCUGCCCAAACUGCCCUCCAAAUACGACAUCGGCGUCUUCAAGAGCGCUGCCGAUUCGGCGGAGAAAUCCAGCUAUCCCAAUUCACAUUACGGCUACAAAUACGAUCCGUAUCCGGUGGAUCCGUUGGUGUAUCCCACGAAGCCGUUGUACGAUAAAAGCGGAGCGUACUACAAAUCUGUGUAUCCCAAGACAUCGCUAACCGGUUCUCCGUACGGGAAUUAUCGGGAAUUUUUAAAAGCCCUGCUAAGCGGUCCGCCGGCAUCACCUUACAUGCCCAGCUACAGUCAGAAUAUUCCCUCCGUCAAAGCGAUUCUGGAAGGCGAUUAUGGCAGCAUUAUCGGCAAAUCGCCACCCGCAGCGGCCAUUUAUGUAGAGAAUGCGAAACCGGCAGCCGAAAUGCCGUACGGCGCAGCCCCUUCCUUUCCGCCGAUGAGCGAGCAAAAGGUCGUGUAUUCUCUUCCGGUCGGAGAGAAACCGGUUGCAGCGGAUAAUAUUAAUAUUAAGGAAAUGUACAGCAAACAGUUCCCAGACGGCUUAAUCACCUACCAGAAACCACUACCGACAGCGUUGGCCCAAAAGCCGACCAUUGUCUAUGCCGCCGCCGAACCGGACCGGCCGGCGACCAUCCUCUCGGCACCGAGCACUAAUCCUUAUGCGCUGGGAUUAGGCAGCUAUCCUUAUACGAACAAGAAACCGAUCAUACAGCAAGAAAUGCCCAUGGUCUAUCAAGAAAAAUUUGCCAAUUAUCCUGACAUCAAAACCAUCUACCAGAUGCCCAGUUUUAUGCCGGAAAAGAAGCCAUUAGUAGCGUAUGAACAGAUUCCCUACCAGAAUGAGCAAAUACAGCAACAACAGCGAAUGCCUGCCACUGCGCCCGGAUACGACUUGUAUCCGGUGUUUAAUAACGUGGGAUUAAAGCAACCGAUUGCCUAUCAAGCCGCCGCCACGGUGACCCCGCCGGGACAGGACAUCACCUAUGAAACCGACAGUGCCCCGUCCAAACCGGCCAACUAUCCCACGUAUUUCACCGCCACCAAGGCCGAGUAUAAGCGGGAUCCUGUGACCGUGCAGGAGAAGAAAUCGCCACCGCCCAUGGAUGAGAGUUAUUCGCCGGCCAAAUAUCCCACGCUGGGCUACGAAGUGGACCGUGAGCACCAUCGCAAACCCGUUCCGGCAAUCAUUGCCGCGCUGUUCGGCGGUGGAAAAUUAGGCAAAUCACUGGAUUCAUCGGGUGAGCAGUUUCCCAGCGCUUCCAUGCAGGCAAAAUACGAAACAGCGCCAGUCAGACAGGGAUACUUUUCUGCGCCCGUUGCCGGCUAUGAAGACAAUCCCACGGUGAAGCAGAUGGUAGCCAACCAACAAAGUUCAGGUCGCUAUCAACAAAGUCCGAGCAGCAGCAAUUCUCCCGUUGAUAUCUUUAUUCCUAUUGGGAGAUCUUCUAAGCACACGGGAAACGAUCCGAUAAAAACGAUAAUGCACUAG